UGAUAUUGGGUGACAAGUCAUUAGAAUGAGUGAAUGUUUUAGAUUUUUCAAGUUUAUUGUUCAAAAUGAUGGUAAAAAUGAUAUAAAUAUUAUAAGUAUAAUCCAAGUUGGAUGGUUGACGCAGAGGAAUGCAUCGCGCCUAUUUCUCCGCCGAAAACGUGAUUUUACUAGCGGAUUUAUAUGGUCACCGGUGAAUUUUAUCUGUCUGUAACAGACGAUUUUCCUUGAUUUGUCAAACUUUAAGUUGGUUCAGCACUUACAAGUGCGCAUGAGUACACAACAGUGUGCUCUCGCUGCCCAUACUCUCUCCACCUAUAUCGUCCGCACCUAGCAAUUUCUCUAAAGGACAUAGGUUAAAAAUCAUGCAUUUGAGAACUUUUUGACUCAGCAAACCGUAUGAGAAAUAGGAAAAGCAGGAAUCCACCGCCUACUGCCCACUUUCCUCACCGCACUUAUUACACCACCAUAAGCAUACAAAUACACGUUGAUUAGCCAUUCAGUUCUACUUUGAACUGAAUAACGAGAAGUAAUAUGGAACUCUCUAACAGAAAGCAGAAGCUGUUAGAGCUUUUGGGUAUGGUGGCUAUUUCUUACAUAGUUUCUGCUCGUUCAGUGCGCCACGGGCUCGCACCGCCGAUCACGACGAAGCUGACAGAGCUUUUCCCACGCUUUGGAUUUGAGGACAAGUUCUUGGAUUUUUAUGGAGGGAAGAAUGUGCAGAAGGUGAAUAAUGGCAGUGCUGUAAAUCUCGUGCUUGAUAAGUCUUCAGGAUCCGGGUUCAGUUCCAAGGACACAUUUUAUCAUGGUUUUUUCAGUGCUGCUAUCAAGCUUCCUUCUGGUUUCUCAGCUGGGGUAGUGGUGGCUUUCUAUAUGUCAAACAACCAAGUCUUUACUAAAAACCAUGACGAGAUAGACUUUGAGCUACUUGGACAUGAGAAGCAGAAGGAAUGGGUGCUCCAAACCAACAUCUAUGCCAAUGGCAGCGUAAGCACUGGCCGUGAGGAGAAAUUCUAUCUGUGGUUUGAUCCCACAGAAGAAUUCCACCAAUACAGCAUCUUGUGGAAUGAUCAUCACAUUGUGUUUCUAGUUGACAACAUUCCUGUGAGAGAAGUGAUCCACAGUGAAGCCAUGGCAGCCUAUCCAUCCAAGCCAAUGAGUCUUUACUCGACCAUAUGGGAUGGAUCAGAUUGGGCAACACAUGGAGGCAAUAAGCCAAUCAACUACAACUAUGCUCCAUUUGUGGCCUCAUUCAAAGGCUUUGAGCUACAGGGUUCCGCGUCGAACCAAACCCGACCGAGUAGCGGUGUCGAUCCGGUAGAUGGCCAGCAGUUUGCCAAGUUGACUCAGGACCAACAAUCAGGGAUGGGAUGGGUGAGAAAUAAGUUUAUGUUCUAUUCAUAUUGCAAUGAUACAAAAAGGUUUAAUGUGAUGCCACCAGAGUGUGAUGAGAGAAGCUGAUAUUGGGGGAGAAGGUAUGGUAAAAUAUGAGAGGAUGAGUUACUGAAAAAAAAA